ACACACCACACCCUGUAUUAACAACAACUCCAUCUUUAAGAAGUUUAACUACUGAAUCAUCCUUUACUCCAACAACAUCGAAAAAAGUUUUGGUAUUCUAUCCUUUAGAUUAACAUCCUUAAACAUUGAUACAAUAAUUUAUUUUCUGACUUUUGAUGUUCAAAAAUACAAAUUUAAUGAAAUUAAAACACGAUUUAACCUCUAUUCGAUUGUUUCUCAGAAAAAUGAUAAUGAAGAUAUACUAUUGAAUAAACAUUUCGAUACUCAAGAUGAUCGAUUUAAGAUUAUUACAGAAGCUUUAACACAAGGUUUUGCUUUAAAUGAAGAAUCAAUGGUUGCUUUACAUCCGUCACUAAAACAAGCUAGAACUCAAUUAACAAAAGACGUAAAAUACUUAAAAGUUAUGAAGCCAAACCUCAGCGAACAUGCUGCAAAUGAAAAUGAUAGUGCAAGGGAAGAUGUUGAAAGUAUAGAGGACGACACUCAAACGCAAUUUUCGAAGGAAGAAUGA